UCUGGGCCCUUGGUGUCAAUGGGCCAACAAUCCAAAUUAAUACUUCAGACAGAUAGCAUCAUCAAAGGGCCAGCCCAAUCCUUGAAUAUGUUGUCUAAAUAUAUCUCAAAGCCUUCCAUCAACAGACGUAAAAAAGAAAGUGCUCUUAUGAAGAAACAAGCAGGGAUGGCACUUCCUGCAGACGAUGCAAAGCACUGGCAACCUUGACAACUCACGCCUGCAGAAACGGUGUGGGCAUAGAAGCAGAGCAAGAACCCACCGCAAACACUCUCUGCCCUCAGGCUUAUCCUUUCACAAUAUUCCAAAAACUGUUCCAGCUAUUCCCUUCAAUGAAAAACAAACCAAAACCCACUUGCCUUUGCUAUAAAUACACACACUGACCUCACUUUUUUUGCCACAAAGCAAACACCAAGAUGAAGUUGUUCUUUGCAACCUUGCUUCUUUGUUCACUUCUUCUUAGCUCUGAACCUGUCAUGGCUCAGUCAUGGUUUUGUGCCGGAAAGUGCAAGGCGAGGUGUGCCAGAGCUGGAUUCCAGGGCAGGUGCAUCAAGUACUGUGGUAUUUGCUGCCAGAAGUGCAAGUGUGUUCCUUCUGGUACCUAUGGGAACAAGCAUCAGUGUCCUUGUUACAGAGACAAAAAGAAUUCCAAAGGCAGACCCAAGUGUCCUUAAAUCAUCUUCAUUACCACUUCAAGCAUG